AUGUCAUUCAUGAGUGGCUCUGGGUCGGGUGUCACGAUGGCUUUUGUGAACCUGGAUAUCAAAUGGGCCGAAGAGAACGGCAAACAUGGCACGACGGCCCUCGCUCGAAGCUGGUCGAGCCUUUUAGAAAAUGGAGGAGUGAAGGUGCAAGUCUAUGACACAGACCCUGGCAGCAUCCUCAUCGUGAAUCAGAACCCGAUGAACAAUCUGAAGAUCAAAGAGUUUGUCAUGGCACAGCCUCAUGUGGACUACUAUGAGCUGAACCAGCGCCGCUCCUACCCUGACGGGCGGACGGCUCCGAUUGUGCCCGACGCCGAGCGCAAGGAGCGCAUCGCCCAGAUCCCCGGGCGGCUUGGCGACCGGCGGCCGGAGCCGGUGCGGAAGCCGGCGCCAACGGCCAAGACAGGCGAGACGGUGGAGCGAUGGGAGAGACCUGGUGACGGUGUUUUGGAGGGCUGGUGGAAAUCCUCUUUCCUCUUGCUUGCGCAGGUGGAGCAGUUGGAGCUCCGAGUGCAAGAGCUGCAGGCCGAGCUUUUGGCUUCGCGCACGGAACGCUCGGAGGAGCUACAGGAGCUCCACGCCAUCGUGGACGCCCAGGAGGCUGCCCUCACUGAGCAGCGCCGCAUCAUCGAAAGCCAGAGUGCCUUGAUCGAGGAUUUGCAUGAGCACCUCAGUGGAGCGGUGCCCGAGCCGCCUGCGGAGCCGGAGGAAGGCGAGGCACCGCUGCCGCCGCCGCCGAGGAGGAGUCGGGGUGAGAGUGGGCCGAGCACAGGCUCUGGCGCUCGUCCGAAGCGGAGCUCCCACCCAAGCACCGCUUCCGGCUAUGGAAAGACGGUGGAGUCUUCUCGCGAGCAGCGCGAGCAGCGCGAGCAGCGCGAGCGUGAGCCGCCUCGGGGCUCAGGCAGCAUGAGCACGCCGGGUCUUCGAAGUGGGAAGCUGGAGGUCCGCAAGGAGAAGAGCGAGCCCAAUUCCAGGACUGACCGAAGAUCUGGUGCGGGCUGCAGCAGCGCUGGUGGCUUGGGCAUCAAAGGCCCUUCCCCUCGGAUGACACCUCGCAGCGCGAGUGCCUCCGAUCGAAGAUCUGCAGGCGGAGGUGGAGCUGGUCAAAGCGGUGCGUCUAUGGCCGGGCUUCCACCCUCGUUGCCAUUGCUGAGGCAAGAAGCCUAG